UGUGAGCCAGUUGAGAGGCUGGAGAGGAGAGCGAGAGGCUGAACGGUGAGGCGGCCGAAGAUCAGCGAUUGCUGGCGUGAACAUGGCGGAGACUGUACGCUCACUCUUCGAGUACCGGGACCCGCACAGCCUGGAUAGCGACGGAGAGGGAGUGAAACCAGCACCGCCACCACGGGGACGCGGCUGUGGGAGGAAGAGAAAAGGGACGCCCGUGAAAGUCUUUGUAACGCCCACUGAGGAGGAGAGCGUGUCUGAACACAGGUUCAGCCCAGGUGAACGAAAGGAGGCAGGAGAGAAUAAACGUCCCAUGCUGGACAGUCCUUUCUACAAUUCAGAGCCUGCUCCUCAUCCCUGUGGUCCAUCGGAGCAGGCUCAUGACAAAGUCUCCCCCGGACUCAAGCACGGCUCCUGCUCAUCCUCUACACCAGCUCCGUCUCCAGCUGCUUCCUCAGCUGCAACGCCAACGCCUAUCCCCGCCCCCGCCCCAGCCUCCGCUGCUUCAGCUCAGGCCCCCUCUGUGACCCCUGCAUCCACAGCUCCAGCUGCUCCAACAGCCUCCGCUCCGGCUCCGACAGCCAGCUCCUUCCCUCCCUCCCCUAACUGCCGUAUCCGAGAGGUCCACUGCGGCAACCAGGUGCGACUGGUCGUUAUUGCCAUUCGAGACAUCACCAAGGGCGAGGAGAUCACUGUGGACUACAGCCUAACCGAGUGGGGCGAGAACCUGGGUUUUCGUGGUACUGUUUCUCCCGCGCAACAUGACUGCAGCUCUGACACCGAGACCAACAAUAUCAAAAAGGAGGAUGAACCGCUCUCCCUGACCGCCCACCAGCAGCAGCGGCAACAACAGCAGCAGGAAUAUGUCACCCCGUCGUGGUCCCUCUCCCCGUCGUCUUCGCCCAUCUCCCAUUCUGAUGCUAGUGACUCGGAUGCUGGAGAUGAGGACAACUCCAGCCCGCGUGGGCGUGCGAUACGCCGGCGAAAGAAACGUCGAGGCACUCCUUCAAAGAAAAAGACACCCCAUCGGACCCCACCAGGGAGGCCGCCGCAGGUCUCCCCAUCGAGCGGUCCUCAUCACAACCGUCCGUUUCCUUCAUCCCAUUCUUCAGCACAGUCCUCCCCACCCUGCUCAUCUUCAUCCACUUCUGUAUCCUCAGCCAAGCCUGUGUUCAAACCUCCAGGUCCUCUGGCUUCCAACACUACAGGCAGUGUCACUGCAAAUGUCUCCAGAGGAGGAGUUUCCAUAGACUCCAUGCGCCAAACCUGUGAGUACUGUGGACGCCACUUCCGCUCCCUGGGCCGCCACUUAGAUAAACACCACACUCAUCAGCCCGAUGUUUGCUCUGCACUCGUCGAGCGCUACACGCAGAUGCCCCGUCUGCAGUCACAGAACACGAACCCGGCCACAGCUCACACGCACACCCAGCAACGCUCAAAAUUGUCUACAGGACAGAGCCGCGGUCCAGAUCUAGCACCAGGUAGCGUUCAGGAUCUCUCCAUGUCUCCACCCACUCUCAUGUCAGGUAACCAAUCUCCUGCUCCCUCCAGUAGAAACUCCACCCCUCCUGUUCUGACUCCUCCACGAGGACAGAAUGCAGUGCCGGUGUCGGUGCUUAAGAGGAGCCCGCCUCCUGUGGCUGUGACGCAGUGCAAGAAGGGAGUGAUGAGGAAGCUUAAGAAAGAAAGGCAGGUGGAAGAGGAGGAGGAAGGCAUGGAUGAAGAUGAAGAGGAUGUGGAGGUUGUGGAGGUGAAGAGACCAAUAGACGAGGAUGAAGUAGAGCUGGUGUGCCCUCAGUCCUUUAGCACCAAGUUGGCCAAAGAGAUACAGCCACCAAAAGAAGAGGAGGAUGAGGAAGAAGAGGAAGAGGAGGAAGAGGAGGAGGAAAAUGGUGUGAUGGAGGUAGAAGAUGAAAGUGGGACAGAAGAUAAGGAAAAGGACUUGCUGAGUGGCUCGGGGCGUCACCACAUGCUGCCCCUGCUCUCCUCCCUGUCCUCUCUGGUGCUGUACCUCCGCCGGCUGCAGCACUCGGCCUUCUUGUCUCUUUCACGCCAGCUGCAGUCUGCCGAGGCAUGGCGCCUCCUCUGCCACUCCAGCCUGGCGCUCCUUAUCCUCUAUAACCGGCGGCGUGAGUGUGAGGUCUCUAAGCUGUCCAUCAGUGAAUAUCGGGCUCGUGUUACUCCUCAAUGCCCUGUUCCUGUUCCACCUGGUGCCCCUCCAGCUCUUACCCCAUUAGAGGCCUCCCUGUCGCCCUUUGAGCGCAUGGUGCUUCCUCACCUCCCCAGAGUCGGAGUCCAGGGUAAACGAGGACGUGUCCAACCCCUCAUCCUACCUCCUCACUGUGAGCCCUGUCUGGAGCUUCUCCUGCAGACACGGCAGGAUGUAGGAGUUGACCCUGCAAACCCGUACGUUUUUGCUCGCCCCUACCACUCCCCUGCCACGCCGCUGCGUGGCACCGAUCUGCUGCGCAGCCUUGCUCGCUCCAGCGGUACCCGCAAUCCCCGCGCCCUGACCCAGACCAGGGUUCGUCGACAGGUAGCGAUUCUAACUCAGCUGCUGCUUCUUGGAGAAGGAGAGGAGCCCGGACAGCUUGGAGGCAGCGCUGUGGAGAGGCUCGAGCACUUCCUUGAGAGGGAGUACCACGUGACGCAGAAUUGUGCUGGAAUUGGCCAGGACCCAGGCCUGAUGGGGAGAGUGGGCCGGGUCGUGCUGUGUGGAGAGAGGGAUGGAGUACUGUUCAGAGGAAUGAGCCUGAACCACAUCUGUCUGGAACUGGAUGUCAUGUCAGGAAACUCUGCAGACUCGUACUCGGAGGGAGAAUCUGAAGGGGAGAAUGUGAAGGAGAAGCCUGAGGUGCACGCCCCUGCUCCGGCUCUGAAUCCUACACCCACCCUGCUGUAUGUCAGGAAGGGCAAGAACAACGGGAGGGUCGGACGACCCAAGAAGCUCAAGAACAUCCAACCACCCCCUCCGCUUCCUCUUGAACCUCCACCCACAAACCGCAGGAGAGGCACAGGAAAGCGAGGCGUCCUGAAGCGUCCCUGGUCAGAGGCUGAGCGCGCUGCAGUCGAGGAGCACCUGACCCAGAACAUCAAUGAGCUUCGAGUCCCCGCCAAGGCUGACUGUGAGCGCUGCCUGCAGCAGUGCCCCCUGCUGGUCAACAAUCACCGCGACUGGCGAGCCAUCAAGUUCUACUGCCACAACCGCAUUCAGCUACUGAAGAAGAAUCAGCGGCGUGAAAGCGAACCCCAGCCCCUCACUGUCUGCUGAGGGGUUUUGCAUGGUUUGGGAGCCCCAUAGGAUGUUUAUUUUGGUGCAGCUGAUCAGAGCAGAAUCUCAAAUGGUACCUGCUGCCCACAAAAUGCACUAAUUUUGAGAGGACGGUCCUAAAUUUCACGCCGCUCUCUGGCAGUGCGGUUUGUUUUCGACGUGGCUUCUAAUUUGGCACCUGAUGGCAUUUCAUUUUGAGCCAUACAAAAAGAAAAAUUUGUGCCGCUCCAUUUCAAGGUCUUAAAAUUACACUAGAGUAUUCGUGGUGCUCCUGGUUUUGACGGUUACAGUGGAAGUCUUGUCAAAAAGCAGUGCGCUUGGACUCGGGUGCCGUUUGAGACGUGUCGUGAGAGACCACAGCCUGUGCUGUGUUGUACAUGGACAUUUUUUUCCUUCUUCUUACAUGGAUACACUAAACUGAAAUGUAAACACAGGAGGAAACCAGUCCCUACAGUGUUGUUAUAUGAACGUUGUGAAGUAGCAUUAGUGUUUUCUGCACUCGGAGACGUUAAUAGGACAAAUGGCCCGCGCUCGGGGGCCACACUUUCCUUCAUAGCAGCUUUAUAAUUAGAAUAGACCUAACUACUGCUAACUGAGAAGAGAAUAGCCAGAUCUGUCCUCAAACAACCUAGUUUUUUUUUCACACAACUGACUGUGCAAUUCUGUUCGCAUAAUAUUUGGACCUUAAUUUCCAUGUGAGGUACUAGAUGAUGAAUGAGUUAUGCUCUUGAAGCUACUAUAAAGUUUUUUUUUAAUUAAUUGAAAUGAAUCUUCAUUGUGAUGGAGACGAUGGGUUUCAUGGCAGCGACAAUUAAACGGCCUGUGAAUGUUGUGAAGUUCUAUUUGGAUGCCUAAGAUGUUUAGUUAAAUCACAAAGAGCUGCUGUGAAGCCUGUUGUCUUUCCCGUCAACGGAUACGGAUAAAUAUUUUGCCCAGAGCAACUCUUAUGUUUUAGCUAUGAUUUUGUGUCUUUCUGCCCAUUGCACAUUUGUCAUUCAAAGCAGUAAAAAAAGGUGCUAUAGGCCAAUAAGCUGGAUAUCACUUUAUGUGUGGAGAGGAGAUUUCCCUUGGUUGUGUUAAAGGUUACUUAAAAAAUGGGCAUUUAUCAGAGGAGUGAUUGUUCUGUGGCGCCACUUUUGUUGCAUUGUCUGUCUUGUCCUUUUCAAUGGCUAGAGCUCCUCCUCCUCUUUCUGUCCUUUCCCGGCCACACUACACAGUUUGCAGCUCGACCAGAUUUUUAUUUUUCAGUGUUGCUGGAAAUCUGUGUCCAUCAGAGUAAAACCUCCAUAAAACCUCAAAAUGGAUACUUGAAGUAAUUUAAACCUUUUGCAGAAUCUUUGACCUUAUCUCGCUCUAGCCUUGCCAGUUACAUUGUACAUAACAAAUAUAUUAUCAUUGAGCUAACUGGUUGUUUGUGCUAGACAUAAUGUAGCUUUCUCCAUUUACGAGGUGUUGCUAUCUGUACAUAAGGCAGUUUUGUAAAUACUCUACAGAGAAACAAAGAAAAAACACAAUGUAUGACAUGCCUUGGUUAUUGUGUUAUGUUUUUUCUUUUUUAUAAGUCUUAUAAAAACUUAAAGAUCUA